AUGACUGAGCCUGAGACUGUUCUUCAGAGUACUCGUUGGGAUGCCGAUCUGGAGUUUCCCUGGCAAUUCUCCGAGUUUACGGAUACAGAGUCAAGUUUCCACUCACCGGCUGCCUCUUCUACAUUGACAUCGACGAUGUCAGCCGUUGAUACCCAUGCGGUGCCGCUUCAGGACCACUGGCUAGCAGCCGCUGUGCCGCCGCUGCGACCGGCGGAGCCACUGCCGACCAGUGACUUGAACUGGCUCGGCACAGCCCAUUCCACCGCCGCGUACUCAACAAUCCCACCAUCGAUCACUACCCAUGAGUCCGGCCUGCCGAGUUCCAACCCCGGCGUUGAGCGGCAAUGGCUCGGUGCCAGUAUUAGCAGGGGCGACGUUGACUUCCUCCGGCCGAGCCAGGCUUUUCACUCCGGCUGGAAGCCAGCCGACACCACAGCAUCGGGAAAUCCAGGUUUCAAUAGCACUUCGGAUCCAUUCGGCGCAGCUCACGCCACCGACGCCACGCCCCAACAACCGGAUGUUGCCUUCGCGCCCAGUCUGGUUACCGGCAUGUCUGUGCCACUCGAGACUCGCGUGGCUGUUGAUGGCUUGUACCCCAAGCUAUCCUAG